GGAGCGUGACAAUCACUCUCCGAUGCUCCGCAGCCAUUGUCAGUGAGGUCUUUGGUACUUCCCUUGCCCAUUCCUCCUCUUUCUUCUCCUCUUUGCGUUCGUCCCUUCCAUUUCAUCUCUUAUUUCCAGGAGUUUCUUUCGGAUUCAUCCUUGUUCUUGGGUCUUUCUCGGCAGGUUAUGCAGCAAAUAGCAUUCUUUACAAUCGCGGAGUCUAUCCGGAAGAGAGUUUCACCAAGGUGAAGAAAUAUGGCCUGUCAAUGCUGUUGACUCAGGACGAAGGAGUGAAAUUGUUCAUCGCUAGUCUAACUUCCCAAUUAUCAGAAUGGCUGGAAACUGGGAAAAUACAAAGGGUUGUUCUUGUGAUCAUGAGUAAGGCCACCUCGGAGGUUCUUGAGAGAUGGAAUUUCAACAUAGAGACUGAUGCCGAGGUUGUUGAAAAGGGGGUCAGUAGGGAAAAGAGUGACAAAGAAAUAAUGGGGGAGAUUCAGGCGAUUAUGCGUCAGAUUGCCUCCUGCAUUACUUACCUCCCUUGUCUUGAUGAACCCUGUGUUUUCGAUGUGUUAGCCUACAUGGAUAACGAUGUCCCUGUUCCAUUCACUUGGAUUGAGAGUGAUGCCAAACUGAUCAAGAACCCCCAAAUGGUGAAGUUGCAUUCUUUUGAUACCAAGAUACGUAAAGUGGAUACACUGGUUUCUUACAAGAAUGAUGACUGGGAUGAGCAGUAGCUUGGUUGUAAUGCAUUGUUUAUGUUUAGAUGUUUCUCUGUGAAUCGUUCAUUCACAUUUGAGGCAUAGGAGUUGCAAACAUUUUCCUUCAUUGAAUGCUGCAUUUUGUGCUGAAUUGUGAAGGUGAUGUCUUGUUAAAUUUGAAGAUAGUUGCAUGGACUGAAAUUCCGUAUUUCCUUUUACUGCUAUAAUUUGAAGCUGUUCACAUCUAAGGAAUAGUUUGUUGUAAUUACUGCACUGUUUAUUUUUAAUGUAUUUACUGCAUUGUUGCAAGAGACCUUGUGCCAAAGUUUAAAUGGGCUUAUGUUACAAAAGCAACUGAAUAUUUUGAUAUUGCUAUUGUGAACAUAUGUUGCAUU